AUGAAGCCAGCCACCCCAUACUGGAAUACCUUUAGGUCAUCCAUAAAGAAGACCUUUGGACCUCGAGGUAGGAUGUCAAGGUGGCAUAUAGACCUCCACGAGCUCUUUGUUGUGCAGAACGCCCGUGCACAUGCGAUAGAGGCAGCACAACAACAAGCGGCAGUAAACCCAAUGGUAGUUGAGAACCAGCCAGUGGAGGAAGUGGCUAAUGACGAACUCGGCGAUGGGGAAAUUUCUUAUAAGGAGCCUAUGGACCAAUAUGAGGAAGAUAUCGAGGAGGAUCCUGAGGAAGAUCCCGAAGAGGACCCUGAGGAAGAUCCCGAAGAAGAUUUAGAGGAGGAUCCUGAGGAAGAUCCCGAGGAAGAUCCUGAGGAAGGUUCUGAUAUGGCCGCGGACAGCGACACCGAAUAG